ACCAUUUGCGUCAGUUCCUAGUGAAAUCUCAAAUGGUUUUUAUGGUAUGGAAUGGAUGCAUUUCAUUUGAAACUGUGAAGACUUGUGUUGUUAGCUGCUAUGGGAUUGGGUGCAUUGUAUUUGUUGCAUUUGUUGGCCCAAGACUACAUGAAAAUUCGAAAGCCUGCAGCCAAACUCGCAAAAUUUCUUCUAUCAAAAAGGGACUUGGAUGCGGUAGAAAGAUUUGAAAUUGACUGGGAUCGAAUAUUGAAACAUGAUGCGCCUUUUAAAUGUGCACAAUCUUUGAUAUGUCAAAUUACAGCUGGCACUGAAAAGGAUAAUGAAGAUGCUUUAAUAAUAAGUCAUUUGCUCGAAUAUGCAAUGACUGGUGGAGGAGUUCCAGAAGAAAUCGAACUGGCACAUAGCCGUGGCAAACAAUCAGAAAAAUCGUUCGAGCGGUGUUAUAAACACUACCCUUACUGCCCAUAUUCGGCGCGUACAAUGUUGAAAGUACUACAAAUAUAUUCGUAUAUUUUCGGAGGAUAGAUCUGAGUGAAAAUCCAAUAUUUUUUUUAUAUCAUUUGAUUUACAUUUAAAUAUUGUUAUAUCUUUUGUUCUUGAGAUUCAAUGUUUAAGAAUAAUGAACCGUAAUAAAUAAAUAAGAGUAAAAUUUCAUCAAAACC